AUGUUUGGCUCCAAGAUAUUUCUGCGUUUAUUUUUCAAACGAACAUAUGCCACCUAUAAACGGUUUGAUAAUACCACAUCAUCAUCAUCAUUUACCACCUCGUAUGCUCAUUUAUUGACUAACAGGAAAACCUUAUACAUUGGGGGAGGAUUAUUGGGCUUUUAUGUUUACAACCUUCAUGAUGCCCCAUAUACUCAUCGUAGCAGAUUUAUAUGGGUUCCAUAUUGGCUAGAAACAAAAAUUGGUGAUUAUUCUUAUCGUCAGAUCUACCAACAAUUCCAACUGCAAAUAUUACCCCACUCAAACCCAUUAUAUAACCGGGUGUCCACCAUUAUGAACAAACUUCUUGAUGUGGCGCUAAAUGACAAUAUUAACGACGAUUUAAAUGCCAGGUUUUUGAACCAUUUGAAAAGUUUAAAAUGGGAGAUCAAUAUUAUUCAGAAUGAUAGUUUGCCACCUAAUGCAUUUAUAUUACCUAAUGGAAAAAUAUUCAUUUUCAGUUCGAUCAUGCCUAUUUGUAAAAAUGAAGAUGGAUUAGCCACGGUGUUGUCUCACGAAUUAUCUCAUCAAUUAGCCCAGCAUUCAAGUGAGCAAUUGCUGAAACAACCGAUCUAUAUGGUUUUGUCCACAAUUUUGUAUACCAUAACUGGGGUUAGUUGGUUCAAUGAUUUGUUGAUAAAUGGAGUUUUGACAAUGUCAGCAUCGAGAGAAAUGGAAUCGGAAGCUGACCAUAUUGGUUGUGAAUUGUUGGCACGGGCGUGUUUUAAUCCCCAAGAAUCCAUUAAUUUUUGGCAUCGAAUGAGUCAAGCAGAGAAGAAAGCAGCUGGUAUUGUGUCGCAAGAAGGUGGUUACUUGAACACCUGGGAAUUUUUCUCAACCCAUCCAGCAACUAGUCGAAGAAUAGCCGAUAUCCAAAAAUGGAUGCCGCAGUUGUUGCAAAUUAGAGAAUCUUCGGGAUGCUAUGAGUAUGGAAGAUUUUAUAAUUUUAAUAAGAGUUACUUCAGUCACUAG